AUGUCCCAGGACCCAAUAUCUGCUGCCACUCAAGUUCCAGAGACUUCUCCUGAGCCAGAAAUCGAAACAAACACUGACAUCAAAGUUUUACCAGUGCCCGUGGCACUCUCUACUGUGCAAACGGAUCAAGAGUUCUCUUUUCAGAAAUACAGUUCUUUAAGGCAAGAGCGUGAGUUUUAUCUGGGUCCUCACUCUAAUCAAGAGGAAUUAGAAUCCAAAAUCAGUCAAUACUACGCUCUUGAUGAACUCAUUGGAUUUUUGAAAGCCUCUUCUUACAAAAAUAUCACUUUACAAUUUCCUGACGCAUUAAUUAAGGAUUCCAGUAUCAUUACCAGGCUGCUACAAGUUCGUAUUGAUGAGUUGCAUUUGGAAACGCCACCAAGGUUUUGGGUCCUUGCAGAUACAGCAUAUAGUGCCUGUUGUGUAGAUGAAGUUGCCGCUGAACAUGUAAAUUCUGAUUUGGUCGUCCAUUUUGGAGAUGCUUGUUUAAAUGCUAUCCAGAAAUUACCCGUGGUUUAUUCAUUGGGUAGACCUCAUUUGGACUUAACCCCAAUCGUGGAAAGCUUCAAGAGGGAAUUCCCUGAUAAGAGUGCUAAAGUCUGUUUGAUGACUAACGCUCCCUAUACAUUACAUAUGAAACCUUUAUUUGACCGCUUGACGAAAGUGGAAGGUUAUUCUAAUCUGCUAUACUCUCAGAUCAAUACUGCUCUCGCUGAAGGUGAUUCUCAAAUUCUUGGUGUUGAGCAUUCCAUGGAAGCUGUUGGCGAUGAUAAAUUGGUAUUCACAUUAGGUAACAGACGAUUAUAUUCUUUGUCCUCUUCCAUAGAGGAAAGUCCAAUUAAAGAUGUUGCGACGUUACAAUCAGAUUAUUCAUUAUUUCAUAUUACUAUCCCACAGGACCCUCAUCUAUUAUAUCUAACCACUACAUUCCAAUCGGUAACAUUAUUCGAUAUCAAAGAUCAAACCAUAGUUACUGGACCCUUUCCAUCCAUGAUGAAACGUUACAAGUUCAUGAGUGUGGCAAGAACCGCAGGUUGUAUCGGGAUCCUAGUCAACACUUUAUCCUUAAGGAACACAAAGGAAACCAUAAACAAACUUGCCACAUUGAUUAAAUCUGUCGGUAAAAAACAUUAUCUAUUCGUUGUUGGGAAACCUAAUGUAGCCAAAUUGGCUAAUUUUGAAACCAUAGACGUUUGGUGUAUCCUUGGUUGCUCUCAAUCCGGUAUAAUUAUCGAUCAAAUGAAUGAGUUUUAUAAACCUAUUGUCACUCCUUAUGAAUUAACUAUGGCAUUACAGGACGAAGUUACUUGGACUGGGAAAUGGAUCACUGAUUUCCAAGUCGCUUUGGAUGAAAUAGAAAAGACUUUGGAUAGUAAUGGGAAUGAAAUAAACGAGGAAUCGGGUGAUUUGACAAUGAAGAAUCCAACGGGUGAAUCAGAAGCGCCUGAAUUUGACGUAGUAACCGGUAAAUAUGUAAGCAACUCAAGACCAUUAAGAACUUUAGAUCAUUUAGAAUUGGAAGGACCUUCAGCAUUUACCACCAUAAAGGAUGCAAAUGGUAAUUUAAUACACAAACCUAGAGGUGGUGCUGUGAUUAAGGGUACUGUUUCUACAUCAGUGUCCCAUCUACAAUCUCGUCAUUGGCAAGGGUUGGGGAGUGAUUUUAAGGACCAAGAUCAUUAUGAAGAUGAUGGGGCCACUGUAGAAAUGGGUAUCUCUGGUGUCGCAAGGGGCUACCAAUUCGAUCGUUCUGAUGCGAAUGACAAAGAAAGAGAGGAAGGGAAUAAAUAA